AAGAACCGUGUCAGUUACAGGCUUGCCUCCUUCCCGUUACCUAGGCAUCAAGAGUAAAGGGCUUGGUGUAUGUGGCUGGAUCCUGCUUUUCCUUUCUUUCCUGCUGAUGGUCAUUACCUUCCCGAUCUCCAUAUGGAUGUGCCUGAAGAUCAUUAAGGAGUACGAACGCGCUGUUGUAUUCCGACUGGGACGCAUCCAAGCUGACAAAGCCAAGGGACCAGGUCUGAUUCUGAUCUUGCCCUGCAUAGAUGUGUUUGUCAAAGUUGAUCUUCGGACCGUUACUUGCAACAUUCCUCCCCAGGAGAUCCUCACCAGAGACUCUGUGACCACUCAGGUGGAUGGAGUGGUCUAUUACAGGAUCUAUAGCGCCGUCUCGGCGGUGGCUAAUGUCAAUGAUGUCCACCAAGCCACAUUUCUGCUGGCUCAGACCACUCUGAGAAAUGUCUUAGGGACACAGACCUUGUCCCAGAUCCUAGCUGGCCGAGAAGAGAUCGCCCAUAGCAUCCAGACCUUACUUGAUGAUGCCACCGAGCUGUGGGGGAUCCGGGUGGCCAGGGUGGAAAUCAAAGACGUCCGGAUUCCCGUGCAGUUGCAGAGGUCCAUGGCUGCUGAGGCCGAGGCCACCCGGGAAGCCAGGGCCAAGGUCCUUGCAGCGGAAGGAGAAAUGAAUGCUUCUAAAGCUCUGAAGUCCGCCUCCAUGGUGCUGGCUGAGUCCCCGGCAGCCCUCCAAUUGCGUUACCUGCAGACCUUAGCCACCGUGGCCACAGAGAAGAAUUCCACCAUUGUGUUUCCUCUGCCCAUAAAUAUGCUAGAGGGCAUUGGUGGCAUCACCUACGACAACCACAAGAAGGUCCCCAACAGAGCCUGA